CAAUCAACAACGCAGACGUCCAGGUCUUCUACUAAACCCCGCCCACUUUCUCGGCCCUGGCUAUAUAAACACCCUGAGCGCUGGGCCGCUUCUCGCUCGUUGCCUUUCCAGCUCGGAGUGUUUCUGUGUCCUGUCCUCGCUCUAUACAGUGUCAUGGCUGCCAAGGCUGAACGCACCUUCAUCGCCAUCAAACCUGACGGAGUUCAGCGAGGACUCAUCGGUGACAUCAUCAAACGCUUCGAGCAGAAAGGCUUCCGCCUCGUCGCCCUCAAGUUCCUGCAGGCCUCUGAGGAGCUGUUGAAGCAGCACUACAUCGACCUGAAGGACCGCCCCUUCUACCCCGGCCUCGUCAAAUACAUGGGCUCCGGACCCGUCGUCGCCAUGGUGUGGGAGGGUCUGAACGUGGUGAAGACGGGCCGUGUGAUGCUGGGAGAGACGAACCCGGCCGACUCCAAGCCCGGCACCAUCAGAGGAGACUUCUGUAUCGAAGUGGGCAGGAACAUCAUCCACGGCAGCGACUCUGUGGAAAGCGCCAACAAAGAGGUCGCUCUGUGGUUUAAACCCGAGGAGCUGGUCUCCUUCAAGAGCUGCGCUUACGACUGGAUCUACGAGUGAAGCGGACCGUACCAUCUCUCUCUCUCUCGCUGUCUCGAACUUGGAUCAGUCCGAACUCUCCCUCUGUCCUUUUCCAUCUCUGUACGGAGUUUAACAACUGAAGCACUUAUGAAUAAAGUCUUCAUGAAACGGUU